UGCUGGGUUUGGUGGCCAAAGCCCCCAUCCUAGGCCAGUAUGUCUCUGCAGAGGAUUGUGCGUGUGUCCCUGGAACACCCUACCAGCGCUGUGUGUGUGGCAGGUGUUGAGACCAUCGUGGACAUUUAUGGGUCGGUUCCCGAGGGCACAGCCAUGUUUGAGGUCUAUGGGACACCCGGCGUGGACAUCUACGUGUCCCCCAGCAUCGAGAGGAGCCGAGAGAGAGCUGACACCAGGCGGUGGUGCUUCAAUGAGGGGCUGGAAAUCAUCGUGGUCAUGAACUCCCCGAGCAAUCACCUCAACGACAGUCAUGUUCAGAUAGCCUACCACUCCAGCCAUGAGCAGUUGCCGCUGGCCUAUGCCGUACUCUACCUCACCUGUGUGGACAUCACCCUGGACUGUGACAUGAAUUGUAAGGGCCGACAGGACAGGAGCUUCGUGGAUAAGAGGCAGUGGGUGUGGGGGCCUGAUGGGUAUGGAGCCAUCCUGCUGGUGAACUGUGAUCGGGAUGAUGUGGGCUGUGAUGCCCAAGAUAACUGUGACCAACAUGUGAGCUGCCUGCAAGAUCUGGAAGACAUGUCCAUCAUGGUCCUCCGGACCCAGGGACCUGAAGCCCUCUUUGAUGACCACAAACUUAUCCUCCACACCUCCAGCUGUGAUGCAGAGCGGGCACGAGUCUUCCACGUCUGUGGUCCCGAGGAUUCCUGUGAGGCCUAUAGGUGUGUUCUGGGCCCAGACAGGGUGUCCUAUGAGGUACCCCGCCUCAACGGCGAUGAGGAGCGCUUCUUUGUGGAAGGCCUCUCCUUCCCUGAUGCGGGCUUCCCAGGGCUCAUCUCCUUCCACGUCACCCUGCUGGAUGACUCCAAUGAGGACUUCUCCGAGACCCCAAUCUUCACUGACACCGUGGUGUUCCGGGUGGCGCCCUGGAUCAUGACUCCCAGCACCCAACCGCCCCUGGAGGUGUACGUGUGCCGGGUGAGGAAUAACAUGUGUUUUGUGGAAGCUGUGGAGGAGCUGGCCAGGAAGGCAGGCUGCAAACUCACCGUCUGUCCUCAGGCGGAGAACCGCAAUGACCGCUGGAUCCAGGAUGAGAUGGAGCUGGGCUACGCGCAGGCGCCACACAAGACCUUGCCUGUGGUCUUUGAUUCCCCGAGGAAUGGGGAACUACAGGGUUUUCCUUACAAAAGGAUCCUGGGUCUAGAUUUUGGCUAUGUGACUCGGGAACCGCGAGACAAUUCUGUGAGUGGCCUGGACUCCUUUGGCAACCUGGAGGUCAGCCCGCCGGUGGUGGCCAAUGGGAAGGAGUACCCCUUGGGGAGGAUCCUCAUUGGGGGCAACCUGCCUGGGUCGAGAGGCCGCAGAGUCACCCGGGUGGUACGAGACUUCCUGCACGCUCAGAAGGUGCAGCCUCUGGUGGAGCUCUUUGUGGACUGGCUUGCUGUGGGCCACGUGGAUGAGUUUCUGAGCUUCGUCCCUGCACCAGACAGGAAGGGCUUCCGCCUCCUCCUGGCCAGCCCCGCUGCCUGCUUCAGUCUGUUCCAGGAAAAGCAGAAGUGGGGUCAUGGCAGGUCCCUCCUCUUUGAGGGGGUCAUUGGUGACAGGCGGGUCAAGACCAUCUCCAUCAAUCAGGUCCUUUCCAACCAGAACCUCAUCAACUUUAAUAAGUUUGCCCAGAGCUGUAUUGACUGGAACCGUGAGGUGCUGAAGAGGGAGCUGGGCCUGACUGACUGCGACAUCAUAGACAUCCCGCAGCUCUUCAAGGCCGAGAGGAGGAAGGCCGUGGCUUUCUUCCCCGACCUGGUGAACAUGCUGGUGCUGGGCAAGCACCUGGGCAUCCCCAAGCCCUUCGGGCCCAUCAUCAAUGGCCGCUGCUGCCUGGAAGAGAAGGUGCGCUCCCUGCUGGAGCCGCUGGGUCUGCACUGCACCUUCAUCGAUGACUUCACACCCUACCACAUGCUGCACGGAGAAGUUCACUGCGGCACCAAUGUGCGCCGGGAACCGUUUGCCUUCAAGUGGUGGCAUAUGAUACCCUGAGCCACCACCCAUCCCCCAUUCUUCCCCUGGAAUGGGGCAUCCGCCCAGGAGAUGGAAACAGACCCCUGAGCAACAAGCACCGAGAGACUCCCAGUUUCUAGAUGGAAUGCCCAGGGUGAUUCAUUCCCCUCAGAAGCCUUUCUCUUCAAGUGUCUGCACUCACCUGCAGCCCAUUUAGUUCCCAGGCAUGAAUCUUCUUUGUGCCCCCCAAAGAAGGGCCUCGAGUUAAUGGACUCUCAUGUAGAUCAACAUGACCCAUGGGACACCCCUAAAUACCACCCCCCCACAGUCCAGAAUUCCUCUGUGGGUACAUGGUCAGCAGCUUGGUCUGUGCUUCCUAUGGUGCAAAGCCCCCGGGGUUUUAUUUUGACCAAUUGCCUCCUGUCCUUCAGGGGAUGAUUGUAAAGUCAGACGAUUCCACACAAGACAAGAGAGAUUCUACCCCCCCCCAGGAAGCACCUAGGGGUUCAUUUAGAUCAAAGUGUGACCAUCAUUCCCACUGCAAGCUCCUGGCCAGGACCUGCCUCUGUCCCACCCAGCCUGAGCUGCCACACAAUGGGUGCCUCUAGAUGCUUUGGGAAUGUCCGGUAUCACAGUUAGCCUUACACACUCCCAUCAUCUGAUGUUUGAGAAUCUGGUUGUCCAAAUCUUCUCGGAGGUGAAGUGACUUGGAGGAGAGCUGUGGAAGCUCAGGAAGACGGAUUCCGGGUGAAGAGUGUCUUUCCUGAGGCGCAGGAUUGACUGUGGUUGCCCCACCGACUUGAGGAGGAUGGUCAACUGGCCUGGGGGCUCUGCAGGAGACCACUGGCUGGCCUAGCCCUGCGCUGUCUGCCAAUACACCUGUCCUGUAGGAGAGGCCCAGGGACCCCCCACAGGUGCCACCAAGGCAGAACUCAGUGGGACAGUUGAACCUCUCCACAUA